UGCUAACAUCCAACAGUACGUGAUGCUACUCGGCUGAAUGCUUUCGGAUCAACUCUUCUACUACACACGUGGUUUUGUUGCGUUUAUAACAUUUGUCAGCAGAAGUAAAGCAAGUCGCCAUCUUCCGUAUUCGGUCUCCGCUGCGUUCUCGGGGAAGUUAGUUGGCUAAAGCGUUCGAAUGGAAAUGUCAACAAUCCUGAGUUUCAGACAGUUUAUCAACGAGAGGUUACACACUGCUGCUGAAGACAUAUUUGGAUGUUUUGAAGCGACUGUCGCAAAGUACGAGGAUGAGAUCGGUCGUCAGCGCAGACUGCUGGAUGUAACUUUGAAACCUGUAGUAAAGCUGCAGAGAAUAGAGCUCCCACAGCGACAUGUCUGUAUCAAGGAAGAGUUUCCUGCUGACCUGCUGGAGAGGAACCCCAGUCCAGACCAAGAGGAGCCAGAACCUCCACAGAUUAAGGAGCAGCAGGAGGAGCACUGCAUCGAGCUCCCAGAGCAACAUUUUCUGAAUGAGGAAGAGUUUCCAUCUGACCAGCAGCUCUGGAACCUUGAGAGGAACCCCAUUCUAGAACAAGAGGAGCCAGAACCUCCACAGAUUAAAGAGGAGGAGGAGCACUGCAUCAGUCUGGCAGUAGAGCAGCUUGUACUGAAGCAGGAGGAUCAAGAUAACCUUUUGUUGAAUCCUACUUUCAUGGAAAGUGACCACAGUGAACCAGAGACAAGUGACCACCAGCUCCUCUCCCACUGCUCAGCUCAGAGCCAAGAUCUCAAAGGAGACAAGCAUGGAAACUCAAAAUCAGUUAGUAAUGCGGAGCAGGCAUCAGAAAAGGGACAUCAUGUCAUCACAAGAGCAAAAGGGAGGACAAGUCCCAGUAACCUUGCAUGUAGCACUACCAUGUCAAAGAUUGUGCCGAAUAUCUGCAAGAGUAAAAAGGGUUUCCAGUGUGACACUUGUGGAAAAGUCUUUAAGUGGAAGUCAGGAUUAAAUGGACAUUUGAAGCUGCACACAGAUGAGAGGCCACAUCUUUGCAGAACCUGCGGAAAAAGAUUUAGUUACAAGUCAGCACUAAAAACACAUGUUAGAGUCCACACAGGGGAGAAUCUGCAUUCUUGCAAAUUGUGUGAAAAAAGUUUCACAACUAGCACAACGUUGAAGAUCCACAAGAGAACGCACACGGGCGAGAAACCUUUCUCUUGCAAAACUUGUGGGAGAAGUUUUAGUGAGAGAAAUACCCUGAAAGGACAUGAGAGAACGCACACGGGCGAGAAACCUUUCUCUUGCAAAACUUGUGGGAAAAGUUUUAGCGAGAGAAGUACCCUGCAGAGGCACAAGAGAAUACACACGGGCGAGAAACCUUUUUCUUGCCAAACUUGUGGGAGAAGUUUUAUUCAGAGAAAUCACCUGCAGAGACACGAGAGAACGCACACGGGCGAGAAACCUUUUUCUUGCAAAACUUGUGGUAGAAGUUUUAGCCUGAAAAGAAACCUGCAGGUCCACGAGAGAACGCACACUGGCAAGAAACCUUUUUCUUGCAAAACUUGUGGGAAAAGUUUUAAGCAUUUAAAUAACAUGCAGGAACAUGAGAGAAUGCACACGGGCGAGAAACCUUUUUCUUGCAAAACUUGUGGGAGAAGUUUUAUUCAGAGAUAUCAGCUGCAGGUCCACGAGAGAACGCACACGGGCGAGACACCUUUUACUUGCAAAACUUGUGAGAAAAGGUUUAAAUGGGGAAGUAGCUUGAAAGUCCACAUGAGAAGCCAUAAAGGUGAGGAGUCGUAUCUCUGUACAACUUGUGGGGAAAGAUUUUUUAUCAAAUCCCUUCUAACUAAACAUUUGAUCACCCACACAUAGUGAAACAGAUAUUUUUGUAAAAUGUUUGAAAGAUCUUCGUCUUGCCAGUUUAUACAAAGUCCACAGGAGAAUACAUCCAGUUGAGAAGCCACACCAUGGCAACACAAGAGGGAUUAGAUUUGCUCAAGCGUUGUCAAAGAAGUUGUUACUUAGUUAUUGAUUCAUUAAUUAGAGAUUCAACAGUUAGCGAAAGCGACUCAGGAAAUGUUUCCAGGGAUCAAACAAGUGAUGAACCUUGUUGUAGUUCAAUGCUUUAUGAAGUUCCAUCACCACUGAUGAGUAGCAGAUUUCCAUAACUUCACAAAGCAUUGAACUAAAUCCAGGUUCAUCACUUACAUCUACACAAGAGAUAUUGUGUACAUUUGCAUUAACUGCAUCCUUGUAACUGAAUGUGGAAAAUCUCCCAUUGAGGAGACAUCACAAUAUUUUUGAUGCAGUACAUGGUUAACAACAUUUGCUAAAGUACCCACGUUUCUGUUCUUCAUGUGAUUAUUAUGAUAUUUACAUCUGUAAAGGAAGUGAUGUUUUCAACCAUGUCUCUUUGUUUAUUAAUUUAUCAUCCAUUUAUACCAAAUGGUGCAGGAAGGGGACGGGGGUGAGAGACAUUGAUUGAGUUAAAGUGGCAGAUCCAGGAUAUUUUAUUAUAACUUGAGAGUUGUUGUCAAUGUGUCAAGAAAGACUGUGGAUCAAGAUGUAAAAUUCUGACAUAUUUGUGGUACAGAAAUAUAUGAGAACACAGUAUGUGGUGCAGAUUAUCAGAUCACUUCCCUUUUUCUUUUCUCUAUUACAAAACAAUUAAAUCUCUUGUUAAUGUGUACACAGUCCUAAAUGACUGUCACUGUAAAUGGUUAUUCUUUUGUACUACGUGUAUUCAAUACUUCAGUGCAUUUGCAGUAUAUUAAAGUUUCUUGAAUUAU